ACAAUUAGCAAAAAGUGCCUUAAAUUAGUUGAUGAAUGGAUUGACAUAAUAUAGCAUUUGUUGAAUUGAUUAUAUUUGUGACCAUUGGGUGACAUUUGAAGCAAACCAUUGAAUUGUAUAAUAAACUGAUAACUCAUACAAUCGGUUGUGAUAAUCGGCUCAAGAAAUGGCGGCUCUUUUGGACAAAAUCGGAAAGAUGUUCAAAGGGAGCAACGGUUCCACUGAUGUCAAGAGGAAGAAAGUCUACCACAAUAUUAGGUUCAAUGAGAAUCCCGAAGACUUUUGGCUAAUAAUCGGCGAAUUAGGCGACGGAGCCUUUGGUAAAGUCUAUAAGGCCGAGAACAAAGAGAGCGGCAAAUUAGCGGCCGCCAAGAUAUGUGAGCUCAAGGGUGAGGACGAGUUGCAGGACUUCACCGUUGAGAUCGAUAUUCUGGCCGAAUGUCGGCACCAGAAUGUCGUGGAACUGCUCGAAGCGUUCUUCUAUGAGGGAAAACUCUGGAUGUUGAUUGAGUUCUGCGAGGGCGGGGCUAUUGACUCGAUUAUGAUUGAUUUGGAGAAACCAUUAACUGAGAGCCAAAUUAAAUAUGUUUGCCAUCAUAUUUGUAAAGCACUAGAAUUUUUACAUAAAAAUAAGAUCAUUCAUAGAGAUCUUAAAGCCGGUAAUGUAUUGCUUACGCUGGACGGGGAGGUCAAGUUAGCUGAUUUUGGUGUGUCGGCCAAAAACAAACACACACUUCAAAAAAGAGACUCAUUUAUUGGAACUCCUUAUUGGAUGGCUCCUGAAGUGGUAAUGUGUGAGACAUUUCGUGAUAAUCCAUAUGACUAUAAGGCAGACAUUUGGUCUUUGGGAGUGACACUAAUAGAGUUCGCCCAAAUGGAACCGCCUAACCAUCAAAUGGCGCCGAUGAGGGUUCUGCUCAAAGUACAGAAAGCAGAUCCACCGAAAUUAGACAAACCAUCCCUUUGGAGCAAACAGUUUAAUGACUUCUUAACCUUUUGUCUCGUCAAAGAUCCCACACAACGACCUAAUGCUACCGACCUUUUAAAUCAUCCAUUCAUUAAGGAUUUCAACGAUAAGAAACCCAUUUUAGCGCUCAUUAGUGAAUAUAAGGCAGAAGUUGUUGAAGAAGUGGUUACUGAAGAGAAUGAAGACGAGAUUAUUGAGGAACCGGCGUCUGUCCGACAGAGUGUGAUAACAGAGUCUCAGUUGAGUGUUGACGAGAGUGAGACACCAAAUGACACGAAAUGCGACGAAACCAAAGGAACGGUUUCUAAAGCUGAAGAACCGCUCAAAUGUGUGGACACGAGUAAAGAUAACACCAAUAAAAACGCAAAAGAAAAUAUAGCGCCUGUUGUGAACCAUAGUCACCAUCAGAAACGACAGGCGCCCAAACCGCCGCAAAUUACUUCGCAAAAUGAGAACAACAUUUCCAAUGAACCCAACGAUACAAUUGAGAAGAAACCACAGAACGAAACACCAGUUGUGACCGAAAAUAAUGAAAAGAAGCGAUCUAUUGAUAGUGAGGACAUGAAUGUUGAAAAUAUUGCCACAAAUAUCAUUGAAAAAUCAGAAUCGACUGCAACUGAAGAGCAAAGUGAAGAGGCAGUGAGUGGUAGUUAUGAAGUGACUGUAUCUCCAAAUCACAGCACAAUAAUUAAGACUUUAGAGGAAUCGACUCUCGAUAUGUCUCACGUGUCGAUUGUGACCAUUGAUAACAACGGAAAAGAUGUUAUGAUUCAGACGGCGAACGAAGAAGAAAACACUUGCGAGUCUGAUGUUCAGAAUUCUCGAAAUUCUUAUUUGAAUGGUUCCACUAAUGAUGAGGUAGUGAUUGUUCGCAACGAACACUUCCCAACCAGUGAUAAGAUAGUGGUCACCACUGAGUACAUGCCUUCGAGUGAUGAGAAUGUGUUCCAAAACGAGACUAAAAUUCAUAAAAAAGAGCCCGAAAUGAGCAGUGAUUUGACAUCGAGUCACAUCUCAUCGCAUUCCGAGACCGAUGACACCCUUUCUAUCCACACCUCGUCCUCUGACAACAGUGCAAAUGCAGCCGAAAAUAAGCCACGAAUUAAAGUCAAUUUGAAUUUGGUUUCUGAAUCAGAACCUGAAGUAUACUCCGAUGCUAUGACUAGUGUUCCCCACGAGAGCGACGAAGUGUCCCAAACACGUGUAGAUCAGGUGCCCGUUCACAACGAUUCCAGUGUUACUAAAGUCAGUUCCACUUCCAAUGCUAACGUAGCCAAUGGCGGAUCGGCCGCCAAAUCCAAUGCCUCCGCUCUGAAACGAGAGCUUUCAGACUCCGGAAGCUUUUUCAGUGUUAGCAGUGAUAAAGAGAACAGCGUUUCUAAUGACACACAAACCAGUGCCACAAAUCCCGUUCAGUUAAGGAAACGACGAGAAAAGGACAUGUAUCUCAAGAAGAGUCAUAACGCACAAAGUUCUGCCCAAAAGAAGACAUUAACGCGAACCCGAAAAUUCCUGAUCGACGGCGUUGUGGUCACUACCACCACAAGUAAAGUAAUUUAUGGCGAUUCAGACAAAUUACGUGAUGACCACGUCUUGAGGAAGCAAGAGUUGCGUGAAUUAAAAAUGCUUCAAAAGCAAGAGAACAAACAGUUCCAGGACCUGUCGUUCAAAGCCCAGUUCGGUAUCGAACAGCAGGAGAAGCGCUUUGAAGUGGAGAUGAUUACAAUGAAACGCAACUUUGACAACGAUUUGGACGCUCUUAACCGACAACAGAAACAAUUAGUCGAAAAAGCAGAACAACAACAGGAAAUGGAUUUGAAGUUUGCGUCGAAAAAGAUCCGAACGGAACAGGAAAGGGAACUCAAACAGUUCAGGGAGAGUAUGAAGAAUGAGUCGAAGCUUCUGAAACAGGAAGUGGAUCUAAUGCCUAAAGACAAACGUAAGGACAUGUUCCGCGUCCGCAAAGAGAAGUUAGACAUCGAUCAGAACGAAAGGGAAAGGAUUUUUGUUGAGAGUCUUAAUGAUAGUCACGACAUGUCUCUCAAGAGGCUAAGUGAGAGCCAUAGAGACAAAUUGGCACUUCUUGAGCGACAGUUCCUGCAACAGAAACAACAGGUCCAGAGGAACAAAGAGGCGGCCAUUUGGGAACUCGAAGAACGACAUCUUCAUGAGAAGCAUCAGCUCUCCAAACGACAACUCAAAGACUCGUUUUUCCUUCAAAGGCAUCAAAUGCUUGUCAGACAUGAAAAGGAGUUGGAACAAGUGAAGCGUAUGAAUGCCCUCCAAGAGGACGAACUCCUCAAACGACAGGCCAUAGAGAGGCGACAUCUGCCCAAACGGAUCCGCUCCGAGAUGAAGACCCGGGAACUGAUGUUUAGAGAGAGUCUGCGUAUAAGUAUGGCUAACCUGGCGAUGAGCAGCUCAUCAGAUGAAGAGCGCAAUAAACUGAAGCACUUUCAGGAGAGCGAGAAGAAGCGAUACAAAGCGGAACAACUGCGACAAGAACUCAAACACAACAAACAGUUGGAAGAGUUGCGCGCAUUCUGUGAGGCGACGAUCCGAGACCUCGAGCAGAUCCAGAAUGAGAAACGCAAGUCCCUUAUGGAACACGAGACCGUCAAACUGAAACUCAUGGACGACCAGCACCACAACGAGUUCCGUGACUGGAAGGCUCACCUCAAGCCCCGCAAACAGAGAAUAGAAGAGGAGUUUAUGCGUCAGAGGGAAGAACAGGAGCGCUUCUACGGCUCGAACAUGUCGUUCCUGAACGAGUUGGCGCUGCACUCGUCAACGGCUGACCACUCGUCACAUAUACGCCAUCAAAGUGCGAGCGGCUCGAGCUCUUGCUCUCCCGUCAGUACUCCCGGCUCUCCCGGCAAUGAGAUGCCAUCUCAACAGACAUUUCAUCCAUGAAUUGAGUCAUUGAGUCAUAACUUCUAACUUAAUUGAAUGAAAAUAUUCCUGAUUUGACAUUCGGUUAAUCAAUCCAUACAUUCAUCUUAUGUUUGCUUUACUACUAGUCCUGUCAUCGAAACAAUUGUUUUGAUAAUCAUUUUCUUACCAAUGAUUCCAAUAUAUAAUGCAAAAUCAAACUACUUAUGCAUUUGUGUUGUAAUUAUGAUUACAUUUAAUUCUGAGACUGAAUUAAUGCCAAAUGUUUGUACAGAAUGUAAGACAAUAUAUCCAUGAAAUUGGUUUUAUUUAACAUUUCUUAAGAGCCGAAAGUUUGGUCUUUUGCUUAACUCUUGUCUCAAUUCGAGGGUUUAAACGGUAUUGCAAUUAAGUGCCUAUAAUUAACUUAUUUUUACAUUUAAAUAUUUAAUAAAUUAUUCAUUAUUUUCACAAAACGACUUUUAUUCCAAUCAUUUGAUAUGAAUAAUAAAAAGCAUUUAUUAAAC